AUGAGGCGAAGGGGCGAUACGUGGCGGAUUUCGAGGGGAGGUCCGAAAGAGUUCAAGCUAGCCAAGAUUCAUGUACCCUUGUCCUCCGAUAUGCUGGAGUUCGCAGCGUUACGAUGGAGGCGAGGGAUAAUGCGCGGGGGGUAUAGAGGUCUUGGCUUGGGUGCAUUUGAAGAAAGAUCAAGCUGCGCGUCAUCGCCGAACACACCCUGCCUUUGCGUCCCAUUUUCGCAUUCUUUUCCGUCUGGAGAACUUCCUCCUACUCCCACUCCCAUGACCCAUACACCACCGCAUAGGCGCCCCUCCAAGGUUUUGCAUUACAGCAGAAUGUGUUCGAGACGACCAGUCUUCGGUGUCCCCUCUCUUUCGCCGAGGAAGAUCUCAAAGUCUACCAACGUGUACUUGCAGGGCGCGGAUUUGAAGACAGACAUCGCGAAUGGAGUCAAAGAAUUCCGAUCCUGUCCUUGUGGUAUGCUCUUCAUUGACGACCUCUCCCACGAUGCUCAAUCCAAAUGCAGCUCUUCCACAGUUGACUUGAUAUGGGAGGAGAAUCGCUUCCGCCAUGUCACGGCUGUACUUCAAGUUGGGGGAAACAGGACAGCAAUGUGGUCGUUAUGCGCCUGGGAAUGGGGAUGA